AUGAAUGAGAUAUUACAAUCACCAUUCAAUGUUAUUAAAGGAAUUAGUGUUGGACCAUUUAAACUUGGAAUGCCAUUAUUUGAAAUUUUAAAGUCAUUAGAUAUUGGACCAAGUGCAACCAACUCUGCACAAACAUAUAUUAGUUAUAAUGAAGAAUAUCCAACAACAGGAAGAAUUAUUAUUAAAAAUUUGGCACAUUCAUUAACAUUAUAUGUUGAUACUAAAAAACAAAUUCUUAUUUGUAUUGAAAUUGAACAUAUGAAAGUUCAACUAAAACGAUCUACUCAUGAAUUUCUUGUGCAUACAUCAGCAUCUCCACAAGAUCAAGAAGAUAAUUUUGGAAAAUUAUCUAUAGCAUUUAAUAAAUUAAAAGAACGAACAAUCAAUAAUAUAACAGAAUUAUAUGAUGGAUCUAUUAUAUUUCAAUUUUCUGGUACUGCAGAGAAAGGAAAUGAAAAAAAGAAAUUAGGAUUAACAAAAAUUAUUAUUAAAGAUGAUAAAGUAGAACCAUUAAAUGAAUAUAGGUUAUCUUUUCUUCAAGUUGAUAUUGACGUUCUUGCUCAAUCAUUAAUUAUAGGAAAUAUAAUAUUAUAUCACAAAGAACAUGUUGAAAAAGUAACUGCUGAUCUUGGUUUUCCACAAGGAGAAAAGAAAGUAAAAACAACUGGAGAUUAUUUUUAUAAUUAUUUUUCACAAGGAUUUGAUAUUCUCUUUGAUUCAACAACUCAUUGUAUUAAAAAAUUUGUUGUUCAUUCAAAUAAUCCAAGUGAUACAUUCUUUGGUAAUUAUUCUAAAUGUUUCUUUAAUGUAAAAUUCUCUAAUGGUAUUAUUGUUACACCAGAAUCAUUAUGGAAAGAAUUAAAUUUCAAAACUGAAGAUCCAACACUUCUUGAUGAUAAUAUUGAAUUAUACCAAUAUGAAAAUUGUUCCUUUGAAAUUCAUUCUAAAACAAGUUCAAUAUUAACUAUUUUUAUUUGA